CGGAAAUGCAAUUCUCUCUCCUUGCCCUCUUUCUGGACGCAGAUCUCCCGGCGUGGAGUUGGUUGAGAACCGGCGGCGGUGCGGCUUACAUCGGCGCGGGCAGAAGAUGAUUAAUUACCGCAACAGUACUGCCGCACCGAUCAGGCGUGUACAUCGGUGGCUAUCCCUGGGCGUAAUAACGAAAGUGGGACAAAGCUGCUGCGCCGGAAAAAGGACGAAACUCCCCUUGGCGACAUGUAACACGCCCUGCCGGUGCCUUGGCGUAGUCUGUGAGCCUAUAUAAUCCGGUUGGAGCGGACAUGCCGUUGGCCUUCCUUACGCCAACGCCCUCUCCCUUCGAGGUAUAAAGAUAUUUGCAACAGGUUGCCUUGCUGUACUCUUAGUCACUUGAUAUCCCCUCGCAUACUCUAGCACCAAAGCUAAUCAUGUUCGCUCGUACAUCCCUCGUCGUCCUGCUCGCCGGCCUCGCAGCUGCCCAGACCACUCCCUCCAUCUCUACCCAAUGUACGACUGCCCUUGCCUCCAUCCUCGCCAACUCCAACGCAGCAAGCUGCCUCUCUCUCGGGGAUGUGAUCCCCGUGCUGACCUUAUCAUCCAACACUUCCCUCAUCCCGUCUAUCACCACCUGGCUGGGGGACAUGUGCGUCGCACAGGCAUGCUCCAACUCCACGCUCGAUUCUGUCACCAGCUCGGUGAUCCAGGGGUGCCAGAAUGACCUGAUCACGAACGGUGUCCUGCCCCAGGGGACGACUAUCAGCGUCAGCCAGGCUCAGCAGGAUGUUGAGAUUGCCUACACCCCAGCGAGGGAGGUCGUCUGCAGCAAGAGCAUCGGCAACUGGUGCCUGAUCAACACCCUCACCUCCAUCCAAACACUCAUCGGUGCUCCCCUAAGCGAAGCCACCCUCUUCUCAGCGGACUGGACCCAGCUCGCAUCAACCCUCGACACCUCCUCCCUCUGCACAGACUGCAACCAAGCCGCAUACGCAACCCUGCGCACGCCGCUCAAUCUCCAAGGCACACCAAUCGAAACCGUCAUCUCGAACCGCUGUGGGAGCACCUUCGUCAGCGGCAGCGUGCCGGCGGACGUCACCCUCGGAGGAGUGACCACGACGCACAGCGGUGCUGAGGCGGUCAGGGCUGCGCUUGCGGGACUGCUGGGUACUGCGGGCAUCGCGGCGCUCUUAUUCUAGCCGCGACGUGGGAGCUUAUGGACUGAAACAGUAAUCAUAAGUAAUAUUGCUGUAUCUCUACUUUUAGGCUGGCGCCUACGGACACUUAGACAAAA